UUCUCUGCGCCACGUGAACCGUCAAAUUACCCUCGAAUGAUUUCCAUUUGCAAGUUAUUGUGAUUUCUCGCAUAAAAAUAAGUGUAUAUCCUGUGAAUUGCAUAAAAAUGACUCUUGAGGAUGUUGGAAAAAUGGUCAAAGAGUCCUUUUCGAGUGACAAAGAUCUCUACCGCGACACUCCUGUUCGCUAUUUAGGCUACUCAAACGAGGUUGGGGAGGCUUUCCGGCCGCUCAUCAAGAAAAUUUUUGUUCAUCUCUCUUACGGACUUGCUGUAAGCUACGUCUGUGCUGAUGUUUAUGACAAAACUGUCAAAGUUUACAAGAGGCCUUCCGGAGGUAGCAAAGCUGCUGCAAUAACUGCAGGAGAUGUCUUCAUUUGGCAAAUGCUGGCUUCUGUGAUAAUUCCCGGAUUCACAAUUAACAGGAUUUGCUGGGGAACGGGAAAAUUGUUGAAAAUGGCUCACCAGAAAGGAGCUAUAAAGAAAUGGGUGCCAACUGCUGUGGGAUUAGUUUCAAUUCCUGGUGACUAUCUCAGAAUUUAAAAAAAACCGAAAUGUUUUUUUGAGAAUCUCUCAGAUUUAUAUUUAACGAACAACUUCUACUUUACAGCAAUCAUUCAUCCAAUUGAUAGUUUUGUGGAUACUUUGAUGGAAAAAACGUAUCGUGUGUACAUCAAAUAGUGACUGGGCCAAUUAUUCUCGAUCCUCCAGCAGUUUUACUUGAUUGGGACUUUAGCCACAACCUCGUACAUGUCAGUUCUGCGUUUCCUGAACACAGGGAGCUGCUCACGGGCACUGUCCGCCAGGGAAAAGUCUACAAAAAAUACCAAACAUUUAGUUAAGAUAGUAAAAUUUACAGUAAAUUCUUGCCAUCUCACCGAGAUCCGCCUUGAUGAUCUCCUCAUCUUCGCCAGCCUUCUUGAUCACACGCGCCCAGGGAUCCACGAGAGUGGUGUAGCCCCAGUUCACGAAGGGAUUGGUGUAGUCACGUGAUGCAGAUACCAUUGUGACGUAGCUUUGGGUAUCAGCAGCACGAGCCCUCUGGUAAAGU